GCGGCCCGGCGUUGGCGCGUCUCCCGCUCCCGCAGCCGCCGCCUCUCCCGCUCCCGCAGCCUCUCCCAAUCCUCCCCAAUCCAGCAGCCGCCGCCUCUCCCGCUCCCGCAGCCGUCGCUCCCGCUCCCCGUCGUCGGCCUUCCCCUUCCGCCGUCGCCAUGACCAGGAGCAGGCGAGCAGCGCCUCGUCCAUCCCGCACAGUCGACGCGGGGCGGAUCCUCAACGAGGGCGGCGGUGGCGGCGGCGACCCGAGGUGCCGCGCGCGGCCAGAGACGGGCCGGCGCUAGGCCGAUCCGCGGCGGCGACGCCCGGAGGCGACGGUCGCGGGGCGCGGCCAGAGACGGGCCGGUGCUGGCCAGUUCCAUGGCGUCCAGCAGUGACGGCACUCUCCCAGCCGGCCGGAGGGCUUGUGGCCGGCGGUGAGGUGCUGCAUGCGCUCCAGCUGGUUAUUGGACGAGUGCAGGUAUGAUUCAUAGUUGAAUGCUCCAACAGAUCUGCUCUCCUCCGCCUGAGCUGUUGCUCCUCUGCUCCUGGGAUCUUCACCCCCACCGGCAGAUUGAUCUCCUCCUUCCCAACACUCUUUUACAUGUUUUAGAGUCACUAUGAUCCAACAGAUCAAGGGCAUUAGCUGCUUGGCACAAGAGGUCCAGAUUUUGUGAUUUGGAGCCAAAUACGUGUUUGUUGUUAGUUUGUAGUUAUGCCUAUGAGUAGCAAAUCAAUAUAUGUGCUUGCUUGCUACUUAUCUCGCCUAAUCUGAUUGUACUGGUUUAUAUUUUCUGUAAAAAUAUACUCAUUAAUCAUAGUCAGUUUGCUAAACAGAAAAAAUCAUAGUUUGUUUCAUCAUUGUAAGAACUAAUAUAUUCAGUACAAAAACUGCUCUUUGUAUUUUCAGUCCACCAUCAUUUUGUACAGAUUUAGGCAAUUGAUUUUCUGUACCAUUAGUGAUUAAUAUGGAGUCAAAUUUUAUUUACCAAGUUUUCUUUUGCAUCUCAGUAUUAAGUAGUUUCCAAACCUGGACAGUUUAAUAUGUCCACUACCAACAAUUCUUAGUACUACUGCAGACUGAAGAGAAGAAGUGCUGAAAGCAUGAUUGCAUUCACUAUAGCGGGUUCAUUGUGUUACAGAGAAGUGCUUUCCCCAUCAUUUAUGAUGCUCACUGUUUCAUUGUCAAGUUGUGAACUUUUUACCAUCAUUUACUUGUUUGUUCGAAGGAUAAACUUUUGGUUUCUUGAAACUACAAGUAACUUGUGGCAGCUAUUUAGUAAUACCAUUGAUGCUCUGAAAUAAUAAUGUCUGUGAAGUCACAUAAUGUUUUCUAAUGACCUUUGUUGUACAGAUAUUAUCAUCGUAAGAGAAUUAAAAUUUCCUUUUCCUCCUAGCAGAGUAAGUGUUGCUGAUGGAGCUCAUUUGACUUAAUUUCCUACUGAUUUAACCCAUUUUGAGGGGCUUCAGGUAGUGUCUCGCCUACAGACCAAGUUGGAGAAAGUUAAAAGACGCUUUCAGAUGAGAAUGAUCAUGCUUCUGAUCCUUUGUAAUAUAACUACUGUGUCAACAACUUCUCAAUGAUUGUCAUGGAAAAGCAGAUCGAGAGGAGGCGGUCAUUUCAGUAUAGAGAGGUGAUGGCUUGAGAUUCAUCACUGGCCACCUAUGGCAAGUCCAAACUAGAUACAUCAACUGUUAAACCUACAUGGAAAAAGUAACGCUACACAAGAUAUUUGCGAGAUUUUUGUGCUACUGUAUGAGCCAUAUUUGGAAAUCUACAGACUGCAGUAUAGGAGGUGCAAGGAAAAAAUUAUGAAGAAAUCUAUUUGUGAGGUUCGGGUGAUCUGUUAAUGUGCUAAAUCAGAUGGUGCAUUAAUGACCCAAUUAUCAUGGACAUGUAUCUCUAUAAGUUUACCAAAAAAUCAAACAGGUCUGGGCUGGAUGGCAAGUGAAGAUAAAUCAAGUAAAUACUUUUCAUAUUUUCCUUUCAGUCAAUGGGGUGCAUUUAAAUGCAAUACCAGCCCAUGAAAGAUUAAAAGAAAGUGGUCAUCUUGCUGGACAUAUUUGCUUGGGUGCUAUCGUGGGCGAUAUAUCCACUUUUUUCGGUUAAGAUUCAACUAUUCUUUCUCGGGACAAGCAGGAGAUGAUGGGAGUGAAGGCACUCCCGUGUUUCACAUGGAUGUUUUGCGAUCUGGUCGUACUGUGAUUAUUGGUCCUAUGGCAUGCCUCUGCCGUGGUUGCGAGGGAAUGGAAAAGCAAUUAUAUGGCAAUUAUCAAUUUUCGCUUGGUGAUCAUAGGCAAUUCUUUGGUGUUUAGUAGUUUAUGUCAAGAUUGUAGGAUACUUUUUUAUACACCGGAGGAAGAGCUCGCUAAUUUGGUUCACAUCCUCAUAUAUUUUGUUAGCAUUUCAUUUCAGAAUAUCUGAUUUUCGGCAUAUUUUUCUUUAAAGAUUAAAAAAAAAUCAGUCAUUUGUUAAAUAUUGUCUUCUAUAGUGCCAAAGGCAAGCUGAGCCAGAAGGCAAGCUUGCUUCUUCACAUGUGUUUUUGUGGUAAAGCUUACAAGCAACUUCUGUCAUGUGUCAUCUAAAGAAUGUUGCCUUCUAUAGUUCAGUGACGUGAAGCACGAUACCAAAGUUGGUUGCUUCUGUUAUUUAAGUGUGUCAUUGUACUCUGGUAUUAGUGGGUUAUUAGUAAUUCCCAAUCUGAGUAUAUAUUUGUUGGACAAGGUUGUAUAAUAUAUGGGCCAGAAUAUUCACUGGUUUGCAAAGCCAACUUAUACAGAACUCAUAUUCAUAUUGCAGAAUUAUAAUGUAGUUUCUUCACAUGGAUGUAGUCCUUCUGCUAGCAUUCAGAUAUAGUAGUCAAUUCUUUUGGCGACGUUGUAGAAUAUUGUAGCUGAACAGGUUUGCAUAUGUUCCUUGCAUAUAUUUUUUCACAUGCAUGAUCUGCAAAGUUCCAUUUUGGUAAAUAGCACCAAAUUUACGGUCGAGUAGUUCAAUCAGUGCGGCUCAUGGCAGUUUUUUCGAGAUCCCUCUUGAAAACUGUUUCUCCUCUUUAUAACUUUGACAGACUCUUUUAGGAUUUGUUGUUGUUUACUAGCACAUUCGAGGGUGUGCGAAGAUGCUCCAUUUGAAGAUAUUGGAUCGGAAAUGCUCUUUAUUUCUUCUCUGUUAUGCUCUUUAUUGGAUCGGAGUAAUUUGAAUUGGUGUUUUGGAAAAUUUCACCUGAUGGGUGCUAGGGAAUGACUUUGCAUUGCUACUUUAGAUGGGAGCUUCACCAGAGAAAUCUGGUUGCUUUUGACACCACCAUAUUUUCUCGCCCCUAGUCUCUAAUAGAUUGGACUAAUAUGUGUGAAUUUCAUACUGGUUCAAGUUAUUAUGUUUAAGACAAUCUCAGUGUACAAGUUGCACCUUAUAUAUAUUAUCUCGCUUUACUUUGCUGCUGAAUUCUUCUGUAGCCUAUUCUCUGAGCUUGAUUAAUACAUCAUUUUACAAAAAAUCUUAUUAAUCCGAAAGAACUUUUGUCUUUUGAACUUCCUUUUGGAAUGACUAGGUCCUGUGUGUUUUCACUUACUGACUGAGACCAAUUAGAAGGUAGAAUAUAUGUUCCUCAAUGACGAUAUUGAUUUCAUUUCCUAGAUGUUGAAACUUCAAACCUCUUAAAGUCGGAGCUGCCUUUGGUUUAAACCUGAAUAUUUUGUGUGUUGUGUUUCCGGCCUAUUUUGUUUACACUCGGAUUCGGUAACACCCCAUGAAUAUCAGAUGGAGUAGAAAUAUAAAAUGGAUCAAGGUUUUUUUCCCCUUUAUGCUACGAAUGUUUGAGUGGACAUACAAUCAGGUAUUUAUUGCUUGUUAUUUUACGUAACUGGUUGUCUACUUAUUUUGUAUUACCUAGCUUGCGCUAAUUUACUGCGUGAUUGUCAUUUUUGUUUCUUGCUUCAGAGCACACUUUCUACUUGUCGUGGUUUUUUUCGUUUAUGAAUAAGAAAGUUCCCAUUAUAGAUACUACAAGGCUUUAGGUGUAUGCUUUGAUAUAUUCUGUCUUACACCUAUAUAUACACAGGAAAGAAAGCAAUGUGGUAAGUUUUAGAUUUGGAAAAUGGGUACAAAAAGGAUACAUGAGUAAUAUGGGGAUAUAAUCAGUAUGGCUGCAUGUAUUACAUUUUAUUUAAUAUUGGAUCUUUCGAUUUUCAUGCCAUAAUUUCAGACUUCCGCCUUAAUAUAGUCACAGGCAAUAACGCAGAGGUUAAUUAUUUCCAGGUUUUAAUUUCCUGUAUGAGUAAGGCCAUCUACUACCUUAUUUACUUUGGCCAUCACAAAUACUGUAUUUUGCUUAGGAGAUUACUGUUGGUAUCAAUAUAGUGCUCUGAAACAAUCUUAUGCUACCAUGAAAUUGAAUAGAUGGCCGUAUCGUAAUUUAGUUAGCUUGAAACUGUUUUUUUUUUUGUAAAUGGGGCUCUUCAAAUUUUCUCCACAACUCCUAUUUAAUAGUAAUUAUCACUUUUAACAAUUUGUUGCUCUGUAUUAUCAUAUUGGUAGUAAAUUUUAUCGUUACAUUGGCAUGAGCUCCACGGGAUCGUGCGCCAAGGCGCACAUUUAAAUCUAGUAUAUAUGAUCAGAGCCAUGCCAGACAGGUCUACACUACCAGAUGGAAAUUGGAGUUCACUGUGAGUCUGUGAUGGCACUACACCUGCUGCUCCACUCCUCUAGAUAAUCAGAGCCAUGCCACUGCCAGGGCUCUAGUUCCAACGAUCUACUUCCUCCCCUCCCAAAUACACUCAGCCCCCGAAUCCCUCCCUCGAUCUCUCGAGCACACACCGAAUCCCCUGAACCCCACGCUAGCUCUCAGAGCAACCGCAGCAGAGGAGAUGUCGUACGCCUAUCUCUUCAAGUACAUCGUCAUCGGCGACUCAGGUGUUGGCAAGUCGUGCCUGCUGCAGCAGCUCACCGACAAGCGCUUCCAGCCUGUCCAAGACCCCACCAUCGACGUCGAGCCCGACGUCUUCGGCACCAGGAUGAUCACCGUCGACAACAAGCCCAUCAAGCUCCAGAUCUGGGACACGCCAGGUGCAGAAAGAUUCAGAUCGAUAACCAGAUCAUACUACGAUGAAGUUGCUGGUGCUCUUCUGGUGUAUGACAUCACAAGGAGGGAAACCUUUAAUCAUCUCGCGAGCUGGCUGGAAGAUGUAAUGAAUUUUGCAAUCAAGGGCAUGAUCACAAUAACGCUAGUUGGAAACAAAUGUGAUCUAUCUGAAAGACGUGCCGUGAGCUAUGCUGAGGGUGAGAAGUUUGCAAAGGAGCAUGGCUUGAUCUUUAUGGAGACUUCUGCGAAAACUGCGCAAAAUGCUGAGGAGGCUUUCGUUAAGACUGCUGGAGCAAUAUGCAAGAAAAUUCAGGACGGUUUGUUUGAUGAACCUGAGCCUCGCGGAAUCAAAGUUGGCUAUGCAGGUGCUCGUGCCUCGUCUUCCCAAGGGGGUUACUACUACCACUAAUGCCUAAUGGAAUGAAUAAUGAUGCGCAAAAAACACCAUUAAACACCUUAUAUCUGCCGUGUGUUCAUGUUGGCUCUGUUCGGCCACUGGAACGUUGUGUUGUGUUGUGGUGUGUGUUGUUGCGGUGUGUGGCCUUGUGUGGCCUUGUGUAUUCCCUGGCCGGUUGGGGGUUUCGUUAAUUCAGAGCCAAGCUCGUCUCGAGCCUCCUGUUUAAAGCUUUCUCGUUGCCAACUGAAAAAUAGCUAUGUUGGAAAUAAUGCUGAUGGUGUUCUAGUCCAA